AUGUCCUUGAUUGAAAAUGUAACUUUGUCGGAUUUUGUGGAUGACUUUCUUGGGUGGUCGGGGAAAGGAGAUGGUCUAUUUUCGGUCAAGUCAUGUAGGAUGUCUUUUUGUAGCAGUUCAGAAGCUACGUUCGAGUGGAAUAAGUGGGUUUGGAAUGGUUUGGCUCCUCCAAGAGUGGAAACGUUUCUUUGGCAGCUUUGUCAUGGUAAAGUGGCAGUUAGAGAGGAGUUGAAGAAGAGAGGUAUUCCUGUGGAAGACGGUCUUUGUCCACUGUGUCAUUUGCACGAGGAAUCUGUCGGACACCUUUUCUUCUCUUGUGUGGUUGUAGGGGAGUUAUGGACCAAAUUCCUUAGGCUAUGGGAAAUUUCUACUGCUCUAUCUCAAGACCCCAUUUCAAUUCUAGGCUCUUGGUCGUUUCUAAGGAAGAAUUCUUGUAUUUGGAAGUUCAUCCCGCGGGUUGUCUUAUGGUCAAUAUGGAAGGUUAGGAAUUUGGUUGUUUUUGAAAAUUGGAAGGUCGACACUUCUUCUUUGUUCUUCCUCACCAGAUUUAGAUUGGCAAAAUGGUUUUUAGCUAAAUACCCUUUGGUUCGUAUCAACUCGGAUAUCUUAGUUGGGGACCCUAUAAUUGCUGAUAAGUGUCAGUAUUCUCAUGUUCUGGAGAAGACUAUUUAUUCUAACGCUAUUACCUUAGCCACUUUCUCAAUACCGGUAGGGCCUGGAACUCCUACUUUAGCAGAGUUGAAAGCUAUUAAGGAAGGGAUUGUGUUUUUCUUUUCAUCGAAAUGGGCUAACAAGGGGAAAUUAAUUAUUGAAAGUGACUGUAAAUCAGCAGUGGACUGGACUUCUAAUCAGAACACUACACCAGUUUUUUUUAGUUCUAUGGUGGAGGAAAUUGGGGCAUCCAUUUCGGCUAAGGAUAUUGUUCUGAGAUGGAUUCCUAGAAGUUGCAAUGUGGAAGCUGACAAGCUAGCUAAGGAGGGGAUUGGUUGA